AGUCGAGGUGGGAAUGUGUGUGUAGGUUGAAAUGCCACCGCGGCCGAUCGGUCCUCUUCAGUUAACGGCGGAUCUCUCGCAGUGAACAAGCAGGGCAUUCGGUGCCAAGAAAAAAAGAUGACAGUAACCAAAUCGACUACAAGUGCGAGUAGCACAACGAAGAAAAAACAGCAAAGUAGUAGUAGUGCGACCACAUCGUCUUCGACUACAGUUCAAAGUUCUCGUAAAGAAGUUAAACAACAUCACCAAGAGGCCUUAUCCAAAUCUUCGUCAGCAUCCAGCCUUCAAAUCUCCGAUAUUUCCCAUUUACCCGUAAGUUCAAAUGUUGUUUCUUAUACAGUUACGGAAUCUCUCCCUCACGGUGAAAAAAUUACUAAAUACGAAGAAUCGGGUGCUACUAGUACUGAAUAUAGACAUCACGUGAAUCAAGAUCAGUCUUCCAAUUUUGCUAGUAAUAUUCAACAAAUUAGUUCGACUCUAAAUCAAUCAACAUCAAAUUUAUCGCAAAUUUCUGCAGCUACGGAUGAGACUUACAUAGUUCAUGAACCGAGAGAAGAACUAAAGGUGGUUAAUAAAAAUGAUUCCGCUUGGAACGGCAAAUUCGUUUAUGAGCAAAGUUCUUCUGCAUCCCAAAAGAAAUCUUACAAAGAAAAAAGUUCUUCCAGUAGUUACGUCGUUGAAAUAGUCGACGGAAAAGAAAGAAUUGUAGAUCGCAAACACCACGAAACCGAAUUCGCCGAUGCUUCUAGUAACGAAGAACAUUUAUCGAUGAAAUCGGGAACCGAUAUAGUCCCGGAAGUUCAUUACAAACAAAAAUCAACAAAGGAAAGUUUAGAAUACGAUUCCGCUAAUCCAGAUUUGCAAAAGCCGAAAAUAAAAUCAUCCGAAGCAGGCAGAGAAGUUCAUAAACACGGUCAAAUCGAAUCAACAUCGCAUUAUUUAAACGAAGACGUAGAUUUAAAGAGAAUAGAUCAAGGAUUAGAUGUGUCGUCAAAAAAGUCCUUAUCUAAAACCGAAAAAGAAGAGAAGAAGAUGUUAUCAAAAACUGAAACUUCAUCCAAAGCAACAUCGUCAAAAACAAUUUCAAAAUCAACAACAUCAAGUUCCACCCAAAACGAAGAUAUUCAAGCGGUUGGUGAUGGAUGUUCAGAAACCAUCAUAACAACCACAACCACUUAUUAUGAUUCUAAAGGUAACAUUUUAAAGACUGAUACAGAUGUUGAUGUUACUAAAGCAGACACCAUUGAAAAAUUACCGAUAAGAACCACACCGGGGACCACCACUAUUUUAACAACAACCAUUUAUUACGAUUCAAAAGGUAAUAUUAUAAAAGAAGAAAAUGAUUUUGAUACCAAAAUACUUGAUAGUCAAAAAUUAAGAGAUACUGAAAAUUAUACCGUUCGAAGCAGAUCUGAUAAUAAUCAAGAUGUUUCUGAGAGUACAACAAAAUAUGUUGAUAAAAGAUAUGUUGAUGAAAGAUAUGUUGAUGAAAAAAAUGUAGUUUCUUCAUCAAAUAUUUCAAAACAAACAUUGGAAGAAUCUCAACGAAUUAAAUCUGAUGAUUAUGAUUUAAAAACUAAAGAUUUCUCACAAACUAAAAAAUACGUAAGUGGAGUCCCAACAGAUUAUUCAAAAAACAUCGAUGAUAAAACCGAUUUAAGAAGAUUAGAAACUGUUGAAGGAGUUCAAGAUUCAACAAACGUAAGAUAUGUUGAUGAAAAUUAUGUUGAUACAUCAAAAAUUAGAAAUCAACAAACAGCAACUGAUUCGAAAAAUUUUUACGGACAUUCUUACGAUUCUUCUGGAACUGUUGUUAAGAACGUUUACGAUACAACAGCUGUACAAAAUACGAUUGGUACUCGAGGAAAAGUUAUUAAGACCGACACCCAAGAAACCGAUGUAAUUUAUUCGAAUGAUCGUAAUUAUGGAAAAACGGGAUGGAACGGUAAAUUUAUUUAUGAAACGCCACAAAAAAGAAGCCCAUCGAAAUCACCCGAUCGAAAAACUCCAAUGAGAAAACCCGAAAAAUCACCCGAGAGAAAAUCGCCGGACAGAAAAGGACGCAAGAAAACACCAGAAGAUGUAUCAACAAAAUUAAUCGAUCAAGAAUCAGGAAUUUCAAAAAAUAUUGAUGUAAAAACUUCAUCUGAUACAAAGACGUUUAUUGAUAAAGAAAAGGUAACGAGUAAAAUUGUUGAUGAUAAAGAAUUAAUUGAUUACGUUAUUAUCGAUGAUACAAAAACUAAAUCAAAAGAUUCAAAAACAAACAUUGAAAAAUCAAAAACGGAUGUUUCAAAAACCGUCGAUUCCAUUGAUGAUAAAGUAAUAACCGAAUAUGUUAUCAUUGGAGGUGUAAGACGUCCACGCACUCGAAAAUUACGACCAGAUGAAAUAUCAACGAUGAAAAUCGACGAAAAAUAUCAAACAACGAAACAAUCUUUCACCGAUUCGAAAACGAUCAUCGAUAACCAAGAUAUCACUGAAUAUGUUGUUAUUGAUGGAAAACGCCUUAAAAGACCAGAUGAUAUACAACACCCUAGAGGACCAGGAUUAGAUGAAAUCGAUCGCUUUCACGAUACAAAAACAAUCACCGAAUCUUUUGAAACUGUAACAAAUUUAAAAGAUUCAAAAACCACCGUAAUUAAAGACGAUCAAAAAUUCGAAGAUGUAAAAAAAACUGUUGAACAUUACACGACUACCGAUAAAUAUGAUUCGACGAAAGAUGGACCAAAGAAAAUUGAUGAUAAACCAAGAAAAGAUUUGGGACCUAAAACUAAAACGAUCGUUACUGAUAAAGAAAUUUUCAGCGAUAUUAAAGAUUUUGUCAGUAAGGUCGACAGGAAGGACGUACACGUGGUGGAAAAUAUUGUCGAUAUAAAGGACAUUGAACACGUCGAGAAUGUUACGAAAAUCGAUCGGUUUACCGAUAACAAGGUCAUCAACAUCGUGAAGACGGUCAAGGAGGAAACGAAACCCGACAAACAUUAUCGUCCACCUUUAAAAGAACAAUGUAUUUGUGAAUUAUGCACUUGCGGGUGAGUUUUUUUUUCGUUCACAACUGAAUACCGUAAAAUUUACAUUGUUCAUCAAACCGUAUCGAGACAUCACGAGUUUGUUUCCUCUCACCCAACCGUGAACCAUUUUUUAAAAGCUUGAAGAAAUUUAUUUGAUAUCAUAGACUUAAAAUAAUUUUAGAAGUGAUUGAAUCGUUUCGAUUUAUUCCUAAUUUGGUUAUUUUCCUCAAAAGUUAUUUAAAGCCGAUUGCAUCACGGCGUUGGCAAUUUUCUAAUCACCACAAAUAUGCCACACGCGUGCAUGUACACGGUUACACACUCACACAAAGAGACUUGACCACGUAUGUAUUUUAUGAAGGCGAAUCGUGUGGUCGUCGUUUUCAUGAUGAAAGGGAAGGUCAGAAAGAUUAAGUAUUGUCAAUUCUAAGUGUUACGUCGAGAAUGGAGGUACUAACAGAAUCAGUUUUAAUUGUUGCCGAGUUGAACGCUUGGUUUUAUAAAAAAAAAAUUGUAACCGGUACAUUAUUUAAUUAGAUGGGAGUGGAAAUUACAUGUUGGAAAAUUGCUAAUUCAUGUGUAUAAAAAUUAUAAAGUCAAUAUUAUUCCAUUUUAUUAUAACUUAUCAGAAAACAAGUAAAAUUUCUACAUUAUAAGCAAUCUAUGUCGUAAAUAAAUGCAAUAAUUGUUGA